GGCCAAGGCUUUUCGUGGGAAAAAGGUCCAUGGAGAAUAUGACAUAAAGGUUGAACAGGCAGAAUUUUCAGAAAUCAACUUGAUAGCCCAUGCUGAUGGCAAUUAUGCAGUCGAUAUCCAAGUCUUUCGAAAUGGCACUAAAGUUGUCAGGUCGUUCAGGCCUGAUUUUGUCCUUGUUCGACAACAUUCGUUCAGCAUGGCAGAAAACGAAGAUUUCCGUAACUUGAUCAUUGGAAUGCAGUAUGCCGGCAUCCCGAGCGUCAACUCCCUGGAGUCGGUCUACAACUUCUGCGACAAACCGUGGGUGUUUGCCCAGCUGGUAUCUGUCUACAAAACUUUGGGUCCAGAGAAGUUCCCUCUAAUUGAGCAAACAUUCUAUCCAAAUCAUAAGGAAAUGCUAACAAUGCCAGCCUUUCCUGUUGUUGUGAAGAUUGGACAUGCUCAUUCCGGCAUGGGAAAGAUCAAGGUAGACAACCACUACGAUUUUCAGGACAUAGCCAGCGUGGUAGCACUUACUCAGACCUACGCCACUACUGAACCCUUCAUAGACUCCAAAUAUGACAUCAGGAUCCAAAAGAUAGGCAGUAACUACAAAGCAUACAUGAGAACUUCCAUAUCUGGCAACUGGAAGACAAACACAGGUUCUGCAAUGUUGGAACAGAUUGCGAUGUCAGAUAAGUACAAGCUUUGGGUUGACACCUGUUCUGAAAUAUUUGGUGGUUUGGACAUCUGUGCUGUUAAAGCUGUACACGGAAAGGAUGGGAAAGAUUAUAUUUUUGAGGUCAUGGACUGUGCAAUGCCUCUGAUUGGUGAGCAUCAGACUGAAGACAAGCAACAUAUAACUGAUCUAGUCGUAAGCAAAAUGAACCAAAUGUUGUCCAAAACUCCCAUACCGUCUCCUCAGAGACCCACUGCCACUCAGCAGCCUCAGAGUGGAUCACUAAAGGAGCCAGAGCCAAACAAAAUCCCACCUCAGCGACCACCACCUCAAGGGGGCCCAGUGCAACCCCAAGGAAUGCAAUCCCAAAGCCAGGAGCCAUUGCAGCCCCAGCGCGUCCCGCAGCAGAAGCCGCAGUCUCAUCCACAGCUGAACAAGUCGCAGUCUUUGACAAAUGCCUUCAGUUUCACAGAAUCAUCCUUCCUCCUGUCAUCUGUGAAUGAAGAUGAAGCAAAAGCUGAAACGAUUCGAAACUUGAGGAAAUCCUUCGCUAGUCUUUUUUCUGAUUAG